AUGAAAGAAAUCGCUAUAAGAACGCUUGAGUCUGUCAAGCACCUUUGUCCCUUCCUUUCUAGACAUCAAACAAUAACCCCAGCUCUGGUCACAGAAAACACUGAAAAGUGUCCUUUUAUGAAAUCUAUGAACUUCGUUCAAAAGGGUGAAAAACCAUCUAUUGAAGACAUUGCUGACAAGCUCAUGGACCCUUUAAACUUCAUUGACCUUGAAAGCAUGAAGCCAAAACAAACCAUAGGACUCGAAAGACAUUUCCAAGAAGCCAUUCAGAGGCUCAAAGACGAAGGCCGAUACAGGGUCUUUACCAAAGUCCUAAGAAAUGCUGGGGAUUUUCCUAUGGCUACUGAAUACAUGACUGGUCAGGAAAAACAAAUCACUAUGUGGUGCUCAAAUGACUAUUUAGGCAUGGGACAACAUCCAAAGGUUAUUAGAGCUAUGACACAAGCUUUAAAACUUUAUGGAGCGGGCUCUGGUGGGACUCGAAAUAUUGGAGGAAACACAAACCUGCAUGUGAAACUGGAAAAAGAACUUGCAGACCUCCAUGAUAAAGAAGCUGCUUUAGUAUGCACGUCAGGCUAUGUGGCUAAUGAAGCAGGUUUAAGUACUUUGCCAUCAUUAUUUCCCCAAGGAGCGAUCUUUUUUUCAGAUGAGGAAAAUCAUGCGUCUAUGAUUUAUGGCAUGAGGUAUUCGAAAUUGAACAAAAAAGAUAUCAGGGUUUUUAGGCAUAAUGAUAUUAAGCAGCUAGAAGGGAUGCUGGAAGCGUCGAAUAAUAAUAUUGAUGAAAAAGAUAAGAUUAAGAUUAAGAUUACGCUGGGUAUUUAAGGUCCCUACUACGUCCGAGGUCGCAUGCCACGGUUUCCCCGUGUGGUGGCAGAGCGUUCACCAAGCCCGGGCCGAAACCCCCGGUUUCUCGGUAGAGGUAUUGUCAAGGGCCGUCUCAUACCGGCUUUGCUGACCACCUCCAUUUCCAACUUGGCUCGUCGCCUAAGUUUACGCCAACUCCGCUUCGUCGUCUGCCAGAUCUGCCCAUUGAAGGGCACCUUUUCAACUGGAGAGACCCCCGUUUAGUUGUCUAACUCGCCUUCCCCCUCUUUUCCGGUCAUCCCGAGAAAGAACUCAACAGCUUUCGGCAUUCGGGGCGAGCCACAAAAGCAGCUUAGGCAGGUAAGUCGCCCUACCUCAUUUCGGGCACUCACUGGGCUGAGCGCUGCUGGCAAAAAGAAGUCACGAGUAACUGCCCAUGGGUCUGGUCGCAAAAACAGCGGCUCUCGCGCUUAGGCCUCUCGCUUCGAGGUCCCAGACGUUGUUGGGCUAACUCAUGGCUCCAAAAACCAUGCCCGGAUAUACAUGGGUAACCACCACUGAGAGGGUGGGUCGGUCGCCAUACGCCAUUUUAUGUAUAUUGAUGAAAAAGAUAAGGUGAAAAUUAUAGUUUUUGAAAGCGUCUAUUCUAUGAGUGGAAGUAUUUCUCCUGUUGAACAAAUAAAAGAAAUCGCAGGGAAAUACGGUGCUCUUACUUAUAUAGACGAAGUCCACGCAGUAGGGCUGUAUGGAAAUAGAGGAGGUGGGGUUACUCAAGAGAGAGGAGUUGAUAUUGACAUUAUUUCAGGGACUCUAGGCAAAGGAUUUGGUACCCAUGGUGGGUAUUUAGCUUCUUCUUCAUUGAUUAUUGACUGUAUUAGAAGUUAUGCGCCUUCGUUUAUUUUUACCACUUCUUUACCACCAGUUACAUGUGCAGGAAGCAUUGCGUCAAUCCAGCAUGUAAAAGAAUCAAAUACAGAAAGAAAAUUAUAUCUAUUAUUAUAGGAUAAUUCAGCAUAACUAUUAUUGAAAAAAAUAAUAUUUUUUUUAUAGGCUGGCGGACUAUUUAUAUAUAAAAUAAAUACUUCAUGAGCACUCAAAAUAUAUGAAAAGAAGGCUACAGGAAGAAAAUCUUCCAGUUUUACCAUCAGAAAGUCAUAUUGUACCUUUAUUUAUUGGAAACCCAAAUGUCUGCAAAGAAGUAAGUGAUCUUUUUUUCAAUGAGUACCAAAUUUAUGUCCAGCCUAUUAACUAUCCAACUGUGCCAAGAGGACAAGAGCUUUUAAGGCUUUCGCCAGGCCCAUUGCAUACCCCUGAUAAAAUUGAGGAUUUUAUAGUGGCUGCCAAGAAUAUCUGGACCAGAUUCUCCUUAUUCCUUUCUGAGCAAAACUAUUACAUACUUUAUAGGAAAAAUGAUAUUAUUUAGUAUUAAAUUUAUUAAUUAUAAAUAAAGAAGAUUGUAAAUGAUUAAAAUACUAAAAAUAUCUUUCAAAAUUUAGAAGAGCAUAAGUGUUUUUACUAAUUAAGAUUUAAAAAACGGAUUUAUAUUUGAAAAAAUUUACAUUAUUCUGCACUCGCUCCAAGGGUGAGAGCUAGUAAACUAUCAGCAGCUCCAAGAUAGGCUCAAAGCUAAGCUUCAUCAAUAA